AUGGCAGUGGAUGCAGAAAACACACUCGAGCCAUCGCCCUUCCAGCAAGUGAGCCACCCGGUCAAUCAAGCUUUAGAUCGCUAUACGGUGCUACUACGCGAUGGUGAGACGACCGCCACUAUUUAUCCUAUAACGUCGGCAGCGGAGCUACCGAUUGAUCUGCUGGUAUUUUUAUGUGACGAGUUCAAUAUGGAAAUUGAACGAGGAGACACGAUGCCAUUUUAUUCUCCUAUGGGAAUUGAAGCGUUCCAGAACUAUUGGUUUAGCGGCGUCGUUGGCGUGAUGCUUUUAGGAAGAACUCCCAUCAUCCAUAAUCGAAACCAUUGGGAAAAAGAGUGCUUGGGCACAUUCUUUUUGACGCCUUCAUACCCUGAUCGCUGUAAAAGUAUCUGUACUGGUAACUUCCUUGUUAAUGCGGGUAUUCGAGGUAAAGGCAUUGGCCGCACCAUGGUUGAAUGUUACUUGGAUUGGGCACAGAGACUAGGCUACACAUUCUCAUUAUUCAACCUCGUUUACGAUACAAAUAUUGCUGCCCGGAGAGUGUUUGAAGUGUUGAAAUAUAAACGUGUUGGCCGCAUUCCCUCGGGCGCUAUGUUGAAAAAUAUGACGCAUGCCGUUGAUAUUUUGAUGUUGGGGCGCGAAUUACAAGGAGCAAAACCUGACGAGGUGGGGGAAAUGCGGUUUGAUCGCAUCAAAUACUAUCUUGAAACAGGAAAGUACCCACCAGACGCCGACAGGCAAGAGAAAUCCAGACUGCGCUCUUCGUCGGCACACUACCGACUAAGAGACGGUCGCUUAAUGCUCAAAGACCGAGAGGUGAUUUCCGAUCCCUCCGAGCAACUCAAAAUUGUUAAAAGGGUCCACAAUCUAAACCACAGUGGUAUCAACAAGACUACGUCAAUGGUCGCCGAACGAUAUCAUUGGGCCCGCAUAAAAGACACUGCUGCGCUUGCUAUUCGUGAUUGUGCACGAUGCCGUGAUACGAAUCCUACGCGUAAUAAGCGACAGAAGCCGGGCGAUGACAACCCAGAGAACGUGGAGCCUGCGCCACCCUCUCUAGCUCUUGAUGCAGAUCUCCACGAUGAGAUUCUCAAAUUCAACGCAGACGAAGGGAUGGGCCUGCAAAGAUUUUCGUAUCGGCCCUCGUUCUCCGCCCAAACAGGAAUUCCUGUGGACCCGGAAGUUCAAUCCGCUUUUGAUGAGCAUGUUCACGAGGGCGAAGAGAUCGCCAUAGCCCGAGCGCUCAUUCAAGCUAACGGGGACCGUAUGUUCUGA